AUGGAAAUUUACAAUCGAGAAUAUUUUAUGCACAGUAGAUUUUUUUUAAAAUUGUUCGGUCUGUGGCCCUUUCAAAGCGGGAAAUUCAAUAAAAUUCAUCAAAUAAUGAUGAUGUUGCCACUUGGCACGCUUUUCAUACCUCAUUGCGCAAAAGCUUAUGAAACACGACACGAUUUUCACAUCUUUUUCGUGUGCAUCAUUAGCUUAUUAUUUUUUAUGCAUUACAUUACCAAAUUCUUGUACUUGUCAUUGACAGAAAAACAGUUUCAACGUAUGCUGAAAAAAAUAGACAAUGACUUCUCGCUCUUUAGUGAUCGAAGUCUUCAAAUCAUCCACGAUUAUUCGAACAGUGCUCAAAAAUUCAACAUGUUCUACUCGAUAUACCUGAUUUCGUCGGUAAUAACUUUCAAUUUAGGCGUUUUCAUGCCCAGAGCACUGGAUCUGAUCAUGCCCCUCAACGAGUCACGGCCGCUGCAUCCAAUCCGCGCUCUACGCUACUACAUAGACGCUUUGGACGACAGUUUUUACUUCGUUCUGUUUCACGGCAUGUUCUUCGAUAUGGUGUCGAUCGUCGUGAUCGUCGGCUUCGACACUCUACUAAUCAAUUGUGCUCAGCACGCGUGUGCCCUUUUCAAGAUCGCUUCGAUGGAAAUUCGCGAUUGUACCGAAGAGAUCAAUCAAAGCAACGAGAGGGUUAAUUUGCUGACCCAGCGCUCGAUGCAGAAAAAUAUUUAUCACCGAAAAAUUGUGAAAGCUGCGAUUAUUCACAAACACGCUUUGGAGUUUUUCGAUGUUCUCGAGUCUACGUAUUCUUUGUUGAAUUUUUUCAUUAUAGGAAUUUCUUUGAGCACGGUAACUUUAGCGGAAUUUGCUGUGAACGCGACAGACGUGAUGAUGCGAUUUGCGUUGCUGGUGGCUGGACAAUUUUUAAAUAUAUUGUAUCAAAAUUAUCCCGGACAACUGAUCAAAGACCACAGCUUGGAAGUGCAUGCUAUAUGUUGCGAAUGCCAAUGGUACAAGGACGACGUGCCCGACGAAUCAAAAAAGUUGCUCGUCAUGAUAAUGCUAAAAAGUGCCAAGCCUAGCUGCUUGACUGCUGGUGGAUACUUCGUACUAGAUUUGCAAAACUAUCUACAAAUUAUGAAAGCAUCUCUUUCAUACUUUGCCUUUUUGAGAUCCGUCAAUUGAAAUUCACGAAGCUGUAGAUUCAAAAAUUCAUCCAGUCAAACGUAGUAAAUACUGAU